AUGAAUAGUCGCUGCCAAUUGGAUUUAAUUGACUUGCAAUCUCAGGCAGAUAAUGAAUUUAAGUUUAUUAUGGUUUACCAGGACCAUUUAACGAAAUCUGUGUUACUACGACCACUUCAGAGCAAAAGAGCGAAAGAGGUUGCGUUGCAAGUACUUCAUAUCUUUUUGAUAUUUGAGGCUCCUUGUAUAUUGCAAUCUGAUAAUGGAAGAGAAUUUGUAAAUUCAGUUAUAGAGCAGUUACGUACGUACUGGCCAGAAUUGAAGAGUCUUCAUGGGAAGCCUCGUCACAGCCAGUCGCAGGGUUCGGUUGAGAGGGCCAAUCAAGACGUAGAAAAUAUGUUGACCUCAUGGAUGAAGGAUAAUAAAACUACAAAGUGGUCCUAUGAUCUUCGUUUUGUCCAAUUCAUGAAAAACAGAGCUAUACUUUCAAGAAUUAAGCAAUCACCAUACAAACCUAUGUUUGGAAUUGAACCAAGAGUUAGAAUGACAACCUCAACUUUGCUAUCAGAUAUUAUAAAAAGUAUCGAAGACGAGGAUGAUCUUCAGAAAAUUUUCGAGGAUAUGAAGACAGAAGAACAAGAAACAGAACAAGCACAAUCAGGGGAACAUAUAUCUGAAUUCAAUGUCUCGCAGAAAAUUUCCUUGACUAAAGAACAAGUACCGAAUCAGGAAAUUUCUCUGAGAACAACAGCAAGAAAAGGAGCUGUAGGAACUGGGCAAGGGUUCUACCACUGUUCUUCAAAGAGAUGUUUCUGUAUGAAAAAUGAUUCUCUUUGCAAUUCUAAGUGUUACAGUAGUUUGCCUUGUCGAAUGGCCUUGAGGCGCAUCAUGACUCAGUAUUUCCGCCUCGCAGAGAGCGCGGAAGAAUACAUCCGGGGUAGCUCCCAAGGACAAGGUGCGCGAUAUGGUUAA